AUGACGAGUGAGAAAAGUGACACCAACGAGGGGGACACCAGCCCUAAAUCAGAGACAAACGAGCACGACUAUGCCCACGCUGUGGCAGGUAACUCCUCCUCCGUCACACACGCACAGGUGAGCUUUACUACACCGGCCGAGUCAGACACGAUCCCUCCGGAGCAGUCGACCCUGCAGGUUGAGCUUCCGGAGCCGGCUGUGGGUGCGGAGGUGGACUGCCUUGGUGGACACGAUGUGGAAGCGUCCUCUCAGCAAGAGACAACCGGAGACCCCCAAAGGUCAACCGGAGACCCCCAAAGGUCGGCCGCACCACACCUGUCCGGUUCCGCCGCAGGGUCUCGAACAACAGGCACCCGCCGUCGAAACCCUGUGCGGCGGCCGGAGGACAGAAACUGCGGCAGCUGCAAGUGUGAGUUCGAGCGGCAGGGCCGUAGCUUCAACCGGAGAGCGGUGUACACCUUCACCACCCCGGAGACCGUGCACUGGGUCUUCCCGGAGACCACCGUGCACGACAAGUCCUUCCUGUGUGAGACCUGCGCGCAGGUCAUCAGGAGCAAAUGCAAGCGCAAACAGAGCACGAAGAGGUCCCUGUGGCUGAAACCGCCUGUCACUCAACAGUCAAAACUGAAAGACAAGAGGAAGAAUGACCGCAGGAUGGGGAAGAAGAGCAAAGCAGCCCUGCUGGUGAGCAAGUCCUGCUACAAGGCCGCUUUAAAAAUGCUCUGGUCUGCUAAAGGAGCCCGCAAGCCCAUGAUGGAGUUCUGGAGAAAACAGCUGAAGGAGGAGAUGAAGGCACUGACGCGACAUACUGACAGUCCUUUCCAGGAGAAGGUGUCGAGCAAGAAGCCGCUGUCCUCCUUCCCCUGGCGUCGCUGUCUGGACUGGGCCCAGGAGAAAGCUCCACUUGUCUCCACCUGCCUCACCUCGCUGUUUCCCGACAUCAACGCCCUCUCCAAGAGCGGACAUCAGCUGUCGGAGGAGCAGGCUCAGACGCUGCUGGAGCGCCGGACCGUGGUGGCACUUUCCAUCCCGCUCUUCACCAGGAACGUCUGGAAGAACAACUUCCUGCAGGCGGCUCUGGGGGCUGAGCUGCGCCUGCAGGGCUGCACUAGCUCCGCCCUCGAGGCCCUCAACACCAUGGGCCUGUGUCAGAACAAAGACACCGUCAGGCUACUUCUGCAUCGGCUCCGAAACAGCAAGAAGAGUUCACAGAACGGAGGACAGAGAAUGAAGAUGCAGAUUAAAGGAGAACAGAUGGCAGAUGUUGUGGAAGAGGAUAUAGAGGAGGAUGAAGAAGAAGAGGAGGAGGAUGAGGAUGAAGAAGACGAGGAUGAGGAAGAAGAGGAAGAAGAAGAGCAGGAAAUUGAGAUGGCAGUAGAGGAAGAAGUGGAAGAGGCUGAGGUGCAGGACGAUGUGCCAAUGGAGGAAGACGAGGAUCAAGCAGCAGCAGCAGAGGAGGAGAAGAAGAGGAAGCGGAAGAAGGCGAAGAAGCAAAAGAAGGAGGAGAAGAGGAAGGAGAGAGGAAAACGCAAGGUGAAGGAGCGAGAGGAGGCGGAGCAGCAGGAGGAGGAGGACGAUGAAGGGUCGGAGCAGAAGAAGAGGAGGGUGGUGGUGGUGAGGCUCGGCCUGCUGAAGGGACACUCGGAGGUUGGACGAUCCGACCUGUCAGCUCCCUGAGACUCUGUGAACUCGGAACUCAACGUGCCCCAUCACAGUCAGAAACGAGACUGAGGCCACGCCUUCUUUUUUCCUGGAGACUGUUGAAAGGCAUUCUGGGAGUUGAAGUUGAGGUUAGUAAUUGUUGGGGCAAACUAAAAAGAGCUUUAAGUUUUCAUUUUUUUGAUCUUAUGUUAAUGUGAGCCAUGUGAGGUGAUCUAAAGGACUCAGAAACAUUUCUCCUUUGAACAAACAAUAAAACAGCAACAGAUUAUUGAUCACGA